AUGGGCUUCAGCAACAGUAAAUCAGCUAAGAAGCCUCUGCUUUUCGACAUCAGACUUAAAAAUGUUGAUAACGAUGUAAUUCUACUCAAGGGUCCCCCACAUGAAGCUCCUUCCGUGCUUUUAUCUGGUUGCAUUGUGUUAUCCAUCAAAGAGCCCAUGCAGAUCAAAAGCGUAUCAUUGAGGCUUUUUGGAAGGAUACAGAUAGACGUCCCAUUGGAAAAAUCUCAGGAUACUAACUCUUCGUCCUCGUCUUCAUUACGAUCUAAGAUCAGAAAGUACAAUAAAGUCUUCUAUAACCAUGCAUGGGAUAAUGUUAACCUUAAAGAAUAUCUCAAUGGUGUAAGAGGGCAAGCAGAUCUCGUAGGAGGCAGUUCAUCAAGUAAUCUCUUGGACACCCAUCAAAGAGUUCAGUCCACAAGCUCCUUGAAGUCUCUAAAGGGAACCUCCACGCCGGCCUCACAUACUCUGAAUAAGGGAAACUAUGAUUUUCCUUUUAGUGCUAUUUUGCCUGGAUCAUUGCCGGAGAGUGUAGAAUCUUUACCAAAUUGUUUUGUGACGUACAGCAUGGAAUCAGUUAUCGAACGUAGCAGAAAUUACAGCGAUUUGAUCUGUAGGAAAAAUAUUAGAAUUUUGAGAACCAUUUCACCUGCUGCAGUGGAGUUAUCAGAAACCGUUUGUGUAGAUAAUUCAUGGCCUGAUAAAGUAGAUUAUUCUAUUUCAGUACCCAGCAAGGCUAUAGCCAUUGGUUCAGCCACCCCUAUCAAUAUUUCCGUUAUACCUCUUUCAAAAGGUUUAAAAUUAGGUCCAAUCAAAGUUGUAUUAUUUGAAAACUAUCAAUAUUGUGAUCCUUAUCCUCCGGUGAUCUCUGAAAAUAGACAAGUGACAGAAUUAACUUUAGAGAAUCCUUUGAGCGAAUCAUCUGAAGAGUUCAAUGUAGAUGGGCGUUAUGUAAAUGACCCUUUUUUUGAUGCAGAUCAUUCAUUUCAGGAUAAAUGGGAGGUUAACACAAUUCUACAAAUCCCGAACAGCUUAUCUAAUUGUGUUCAAGAUUGCGAUGUCCGCUCCAACGUCAAAGUUCGCCACAAGCUUAAAUUCUUCAUCAUGUUGAUUAACCCAGAUGGCCAUAAAUCUGAAUUAAGAGCAUCCUUACCAAUUCAACUUUUUAUUUCACCAUUUGUAGCGCUAUCCAUUAAACCGCUAUUAUCAUCCAAUUUAUAUUCACUUUCUGGUGCCAUUAACCAAAAGGAUGAAAGUUUCCAACAAGAAGAUGGGGAGGAAUACUUGUUUUCUAGAUCCGCAUCUGCAACAGGGUUGGGAUUGCUAGCAGAUAUGCGCAAUGGUACUACGGUUCCUACUGUUUCAGACUUGAUGACUCCUCCAAAUUACGAAAUGCACGUAUAUGAUCGUCUUUAUAGCGGUUCUUCCAACCCCACGCCAGCUGAAACAUCAGGAACAUGUACGCCCUUGGAAAGUGAAGCAUCGGCUAAUGAAGAUCAACAACAAGAUUUAGAAGAUCUACGCAUAAGAUUGACUAAAAUCAGAAAUCAGCGCGAAAACUUGGGGCUACCAGCAUUUGCCUCAUCUGCUGCCGUUUCCAGAUCGCUCUCUCCGUUAUUGAACGUCCCGGGACAAGAAGAUGGGACGGAGAGAAGUUCACCACAGAGUGCUCUUGGUCCCAGCAAUAGUCUAGCCUCGGGGAUACACAAUAACGUAUCACCCGUUUUGCUUUCAAGGUCACCGGCCGCAAGUGUGUCAGUUCACGAAGUAUUGCCAGUACCCUCGGGCUUGAGUUAUCCGGAAACCCAAAACAUGAACGAAGUUCCAUCGUAUGGUAAGGCAAUGAAAUAUGAUAUCAUCGGUGAGGAUUUACCUCCUACCUAUCCUUGUGCAAUACAAAAUGUGCAACCGAGGAAACCUAGCAGAGUGCAUUCUAGGGCCUCUUCGGCAACAUUGUCGUCUUCCAUACCAACUAGUUUCCAAUCGUCUAGUUUUAUAAGUAGCACCGCCUCUCCUAUCUCAAUUAUUAAUGGCUCUAGAAGUAGUUCUAGCGGGGUGUCUCUUAACACACUUGAUGAAUUGACGCUAAAACCCUCAAAUAAUCCAUCUAGCAAUAGUGCCAAAAGAUCACCUACAAGACGAAGAGCUACCUCAUUAGCGGGGUUCAUGGGAGGAUUUCUAUCGAAGGGUAAUAAACGAUAG